GCUCCUGCAAGCGAACUCCGUUCCUGGGACGGAAGUGGGAACAUAGGUCCGACGGAAGUCGGCAUACUCAUGGGCCGUCCCAAGAAGGCCAAGCAAUUUCGACCGUGGCGCAGCCAACUUUUAUCAGUUCUAUCCAGUCCACGUCCAAUCCUGUCUAUCACCGAGGAAAUCGCGGCGUAGCAACAUCCUAGCAAGUGCCGUCGCUGGCUUCCCCUCCACUCUAAAAAAUCACACUUGCACCGUCUGCUAGCAUCUGGAAACCAUGUGGGUAAAUGUCUCCCGUUUACAGCCAACCGCGGAGGUGGGGAAUCCCCGAUCCUUUCCACCAGGGGCCUAAUUCAACGUCAAAAUUACAAUCUACUACUCUUCCACCUGCUUGUUCCCUGUUGACCUUCGUGGCCGCGCGUCAAUGUUUUCCAGAUGUGCUACUAGAUCCGCUCUGCUAGCACUUUGUCUGCCCUAGGGCCUUCUUAUCUGUCCCAUCACCCGCUGUCACGGUUCCAGUAACCUGAAUUUUGUACUGUGUUGUACUCUACCUUCGUUUUGUUGCCGUUUGGAGCGACACACGUGAUUCGCGAUGGGCUUCCUCAAACAGGUCUGGACUCUGACGGCGAAGAAUCUGUUGAUCGCUGUCAGGCGGCAUCCCCUGCCGACGUCCAUCCGGACGUUCAUCCUGCCCGUGGCUUUUAUGAUAUUCCUGACCUAUUCGCGCUUCCUCUUCGCCCAGCCAAACGUCUUUGGUAUCGGACCUCCCCGCCCCAUACGCUCCCUGGAAGAUGGCAUGGCAGCUGCGACCAAUGGGAGGGAUAAGGUCAUAUUUAUCGACAAUGGGCUCAAUGGCGGCGACAUUGAUCGCGUCAUUGAUGCCGUCUCGGCUCCUAUUAUUGCGGCGGGGAGAAAUGUCACUCGGCUCCCCGAUGGAACGGAUUUGGCCAAGAUAUGUCGGACGAGCUUCAGGGGCAUUACUAAGUGCUAUGGAGCCGUUGAGUUUGCCUCGUCGCCAUCCGAGGGUCCGUAUGGACGCUGGAACUACUCCCUACGGUUCGACGGCGCCCUUGGCAGUAUUGUUAACAUGCAGCGCGGCGACAAUGAUCACCAGAUCUAUGCACUACCUCUGCAACGGGCAGUCGACUCAGCUAUUGCGAGCGUGAACACGACUAUUGACCACUCAAAGCUACCCAAGACUGUUAUGGAGUACCCCUACACGACUAUCACAGAGGAGGAGCGCAAGAAACUUCUCCGGACGAAGUUCCAACGGACUAUCAUUACCGCUCUUGGGAUCGCAUUUCUUCUGGCUAUGGUCGGAGUCGUUUAUCACCUCAGCGGCUUCAUGGCCACGGAACGAGACAUUGGUAUGUCCCAACUGAUCGAGGCCAUGAUGCCGAACGAGAAGCGCUGGCAGCCUCAGAUUGCCAGGCUGUUGUCCUACCAUCUAUCCUUCACCAUCAUGUAUGCCCCUGGCUGGUUUGUUAUGGGAGUUGUUCUCAGCUUUGGCUUGUUUACCGCCACCUCUGCGGAGAUCACAAUUUUAUACCAUAUCCUCCUGGGACUUUCGCUCACAUCAUGGUCAUACAUGGGCGGGGCUUUCUUCAAGAGAGCUCAGCUCAGUGGGAUCACCAUUACCAUCAUCACUCUGGUGCUCGGGAUUAUAGCCCAAGCUUUCGGUUCAAAGACGGGCAGUGGAGGGAUGGUUAUGGUGCUAAGCGCCCUCUUUGCCCCCUGCAACUACGUCUGGUUCAUGAUGUAUAUCGCCCGCUUCGAAGAGCACGAAAUUCCAGCGAAUCUGAACCAGAAUGCGCCUGAUCUGUGGAAAACAAAGGGUACAUGGUUCUUCGUUUUUCUCUUCAUACAGAUAUUUGCGUACGCUGCCAUUGGUGUGUUUGUGGAGCGAUGGCUACAUGGCACACAAUCUAAGGGGCGCACUACUGUCAAGGAGAACAUGGGGACUGGGCUCGCACAGCAUACUGUCGAGCUAUCGGAAUUUACCAAGGAAUAUCCCGCGAAGUUUAUGAGGCGGAUGUUCCGUCGCUCUAAAGGUACUACGGUUAUGGCAGUCAAUGGACUGAGUCUUUCUGCUUCGAAGGGAGAGAUUAUGGUAUUGCUUGGCGCCAAUGGGUCGGGAAAGAGUACAACCUUGGAUGCUAUUGCUGGCAUGAACCCAGUUACAAGCGGAACAAUCACUGUUAAUGGAACUGGUGGCAUUGGAAUAUGUCCUCAGAAGAACGUUCUUUGGCCUGAGUUAACGGCGAGAGACCAUAUUCGCAUCUUCAGCAAUCUCAAAUCGACCGGAGCUUCUCCCACCAAAGAAGAAAACGCAGAACUGAUACGGAGUGUUGAUCUGGACCGGAAGAUAGACGCCAAAUCCCAUACUCUGAGCGGUGGUCAGAAGCGAAAACUGCAGCUCGGAAUGAUGUUGACGGGAGGGAGCGCGGUGUGCUGUGUGGACGAAGUCUCUAGUGGAUUAGAUCCGCUCAGUCGAAGGAAGAUCUGGGAUAUCCUGCUUGCGGAGCGUGGAGCACGCACCAUUAUCUUGACAACUCAUUUCUUGGACGAAGCUGAUCUGCUAGCUGAUCGUAUUGCGAUUCUUUCCAAGGGAACGCUUCGUGCCGAAGGUUCAUCUGUCGAGCUCAAAAACAAGCUCGGCGGUGGUUACCGUGUUCAUCUCCAUACCACGUCCGUCGACAGGGAAGUGCCUGCCAUUGAUGGCAUAACUGCAGUUAAACAGUUUGAUCAGAUUACAUACAAAGCAGCCACCUCGAGCCAGGCAGCCCUUAUCGUCAAGACGCUCGAGAGCCACGGUAUCGAGGAUUACGAGCUUUCAGGUCCCACUAUCGAAGACGUAUUUUUGCAGCUGGCAGACGAGAUCCGCCACGAAUCCGAGACAAUCGCUGGAGCUGCACCCCCGGCCACUGCUGCAACUGGUGCAAGUGAUGUCCGCCUUGUGGGUGAUAGAAACGAACCCGUACUUGCGACGCCAUCAAGUGAUAACCAAAGUCUGGAUCUGAUGCAAGGGAGGCCAAUAGGGCUUGUGAGGCAAGGUUGGGUCAUGUUCCGAAAGCGCCUGACUCUCAUCCGCCGCAACUUUUUGCCUCCCCUGGCGGUCUUCUUCAUUCCAAUUAUCUGUGCAAGCUUAGUUACACGGCUCGUUAAGGACCAGAAAACACCCACUUGCUCUCCUGUUACGGCGAAAGAUGCGAAGUUUGAAACUAUUUCGAACCAAUAUGUCUACGACCUCAUCGUUGGCCCGUCGAGCAAAUUUGUGGGUACAAGUGCUGCUGCAUUCUUUGGGAAGCUAUUCCAGGGGCUUCCUGAGGCUAGCCUCAUUGCCAAUUAUAUUACGGAUGACAACUUGCACAUCAUGCCGACCUACUCCGAUUUUAACAAGUACAUUGAUGUGAACCAUCAGAACGUCACACCAGGAGGCUUUUGGCUGGGCAACGCUGACUCGGCGCCCACGAUAACAUAUCAAGCAUCCCACUAUUUAUAUAGCGCCAUUUUCGCACAGAACAUCUUGGGCUCGCUGAUGAGCAAUAUCACGGUCACCACUCAGUUCAGAGACUUCGAGAGCCCAUGGCAGCCUGGCACUGGUAAUUCGCUGCAGCUGGUUGUGUACUUCGGACUUGUCUGUGCUGCCGUCCCGGCUUUCUUCUCUCUAUACCCUACUUUGGAGCGCCUGAGACACGUCAGAGGUCUUGAAUACUCGAAUGGAGUUCGCCCCGCGCCGCUGUGGUUCGCCUACCUCAUCUUUGACUGGGUGGUUUUCCUCGUGUCCUUGUUGAUUGUCACCGUUAUCUUUGCUGCCCUAAGCAAGGUCUGGUAUCACAUCCCGUACCUGUUUGUCGUCCUCCUCUUUUACUCCCUAGCAUCCAUCCAGAUGGCGUACAUUGUUUCGCUAUAUGCCAGGGGUCAACUUGCAUCAUUUGCCAUUGCGGCAGGCAGCCAAGCCAUAUUUUUCCUACUGUAUCUGAUUGCAUUUAUGUCUGUCAACACCUUCCUGCCUGUGGACAAGGUUGAUAAAGCCGCUCUUGUCGUCCACUACACGAUAUCGCUUGUCACACCGAUGGGAAGUCUUGUCAGAGCGCUAUUUGUGUCGAUGAACCUUUUCCAGACAACCUGCGUUGGGUUUGAACUCUCACCGAACCCGGGGAGCAUGAAUAUGUACGGUGCGCCGAUCCUAUACCUUGCAGUGCAGUCUGUCGUAUUCUUCCUGUACCUGCUGUGGCAUGACAGCGACUCCGUUGUUUCGCGAAUCCGAGGAUCGCGACAGAAGCUCCCAGAAUCGGAUGAGGUCGAAUUAGACGACCGCGCAGAUAAACUGUCUAGAGUUGAUACCGGGAACAGUGAUGGCCUGCGCGUGCGCCAUCUCACGAAGUCCUUCAAGAAGUUCACAGCAGUUGAGAACCUGUCAUUUGCCGUCGAAAGAGGCGAAGUAUUUGCGCUCCUCGGACCAAACGGCGCAGGAAAAUCAACAACCAUCUCUCUUAUCCGCGGCGACAUCCGGCCUUCCAAGAACGGCGGCAACAUCUACGUCGACGACAUCCUCAUCAGCAAGCACCGCGCCAAGGCCCGCCUCCACCUCGGCGUCUGCCCUCAAUUCGACGCCAUCGACCAACUCACCGUUGCCGAACACCUCCGCUUCUACGCGCGCGUCCGCGGCGUCCCAGACAUCGAACAUAAUGUUGCCGCUAUUACUACUGCAGUCGGUCUCGACGCCUUCUCCCACCGCAUGGCCGCCAAGCUCUCUGGCGGCAACAAGCGCAAGCUCUCCCUCGGCAUCGCGCUCAUGGGUAACCCCUCUGUCCUCCUCCUCGACGAGCCUAGCUCGGGUAUGGACGCUGCCGCAAAGCGUGUCAUGUGGCGCACCCUUGCCAAUGUGUCGGCGGGCCGUGCUAUCCUGCUUACGACGCAUAGUAUGGAGGAGGCGGGUGCGCUGGCGUCUCGCGCGGGUAUCAUGGCAAAGCGCAUGCUUGCUCUUGGUACAACGGAUCAUCUGCGCCGCGCUCAUGGUGACGCAUAUCACGUCCAUCUCGUCACCACAACGGCGCCACAUACGAGCCCAAGGGAGAUGGCCGAGCUGCGCGAUUGGGUAGUCAACGAAUUUCCCGGCGCCAGCAUCGAAGAGAAGACGUACCACGGACAACUGCGCUUCUCUGUGCCAACAGCAUCCUUAACAUCCGAUGCGGCAUCCGGUGUUACCGAUGAGAUCGAAGGCGGUGGCGAGCCGGUGGGGAAGAAGGCUGCCAGCGGGAUAGGGGCGCUGAUCAUGGCGUUGGAGGAGCGGAAGGCGGAGUUGGGGCUGGAGUAUUACUCGGUUAGUCCGACGACACUGGAUCAGGUUUUCUUGGCGAUUGUGACGAAGAAUAAUGUGGAGGAGGAGAAUUAUGCAGCGCCGAAGAGGGGGCUGGGGAUUUGGGAGAAGAUACCCUGGGGGAAGAAGAAAGCUGUUGAGGGCAGCCCUGUAAAAUAGUGGAUGCGUAGGAGGAUAUAGAGGUGGAGUUGGAUAUUAGGGUGGGGGAUGUUACGCAUCGGACUGUAAACAGAUGUUUCAUAGAGAAUUCAAACAGUAUAAUCAG